UUCUGAGUCUCUGCAUCAAGCAGUUCACUCUGAACAGCUCUGCACUGGAAUCAACCAGAAGCCAAGAAUGAAGGUCCUGCUGCUGACUCUUCUACUCGGUCUGGUUUGCGCUGACCUGUCCACAACAGACCUCUCACAGUUCUCAGGUGAAUGGAAGACCCUUUAUGAGGCUUCCAAUAAUCCUGUGAUGACAGGUGAGAAUGGUCCAUUCAGAGGUUUGUACCGUAAAAUUAAUUUUGACACUGGAAAUGGAGAUGCAUCUUUUGAUGUUUAUUUCAGGGUGAAUGGAGUAUGCGUAGAACAAUCUAUCCCUGCGACAAGGAUCAAAAAUCAUGUUUUCCUCGAAAAAUAUGAGGGUACAACCAUUAUAGAACUUACUUAUGCAUCAGAAACAUCACUGGUGGGGUACUUCCUCAACGUGGAUGAGAAUAAUGAGGUCUCCACAAUAACUUUUAUGUUCGGCAAAUCAAACCAUGUGAAUGAGCCAGAUUUUGAGAAGUUCAAGGAGCUGACUCUGGAAAAGAAUAUUCCAGAAGCAAACAUUGUAGAUUUUACCAAUUUAGACAAGUGUUCCGGACAUUAAUGAAAGCAGAGUCCUUAAUUCUCACAGGCAACUACGUCCUGAGAAUCAGGCAUGUUUUCUCUGUGGAAUCUGAUCAACUGCGGCAAGCAUUCUCUCCUUGUUCCUGGCCAGCAUCGUCUGUCUCUGUUAAUGAGCUCACUCUCUUUCCUCCCUGCCAGUCACCACUCAGAGCCAGUGUGGUGUUCCUGGACUUCUUCUUGUUCCAAUAAACUGAUUUCAGAGAAA